UUCGCUUACGCGAUGAAUCCAUUGAAGAUCUUCGCGUGGCCCGUGGGCACUUGGCCUCUUCAGGAGCACAGCUUAUUCUCGACCUCAAGGACCAUUCUCUCUAUCGCCAUCUUAGUGACAAUGCUGACGAUCAUGAACGUCGAGAUAUGGUUGGACCUGAACGACGCAGAGAAGAAUCUGGAAGCUGUGAUGCUGAUCGGUUGUGGCUUUUUGGCGGUGUCGAAAGUGAUAUGGUUCCGUUUCAACCCCUACGGUUUGGUCACCAAUUUCUCUUCGGCGUCGAAGGACUACAAGGAGCUCUCCGGAGUCGAGAAACGAGCGAUCAUGCGACAUCACGCUUAUAUGAGCCGAGUAACGUGCCUGGGCGUGCUGGGUUUCUCGUUUGCAGCUAUGACGUUCAUGUCGAUCGCGUCGGUGUUAGACGAAGACGAUACCACGAUGGACCAAGGGAACAAAUUUGAGGACAAUACUACUCAGAAGGAACCGAUAAAAUAUCCGUUUCCCUCCGAACUGACUAUGAAGACUCUGAACAUACCGGAGGAUUUCUAUCCCUUGAUUCUUUUCGCGGAGAAUAUUAUGCUGAUACUCACGGCCACUGGAAAUCUCGGCAGCGACAAUGUGUUCUUCGGUAUCGCUUUUCACCUGUGUGGCCAAGCAGAGAUACUGAAAAUGGAGUACAGCAGAUUCAUCGACGAAAGCGAGAACAUAAUACACCGUUUUCACGUGUUAAUCUCGAGACACUACCAACUCUUGAAAUUGUUCAAGGAACUAAACGACACAAUCAGCACCAUCUUGGUCAUACAACUGCUCACGAGUUACUUACUUAUUUGCCUUACAGGAUUUCAAUUUAUACUCUCUCUGAGCGUUCGAAACAUGGUGAUGAUGAUGAAAACGUUCAUUGAAAUGUUCAUAGUGAUGUCGCAAUUAUUCGCGUACAGUUACGUGGGGGAGUACUUGAAGAAUCAAAUGAAAGACAUCGGAUACGCGGCUUAUCGCAGCAGCUGGUACAACAUACCGAGCUAUUUAUCGAGGAACAUCGUUUUCAUCCUGAGAAGGGCUCAGGACCCGGUACAGCUAAGGGCCCAACAUUUCUUCGUCGUCAAUAUGGAGACUUACAUGAAUAUCGUGAAAACCUCGAUGUCGUAUCUUUCGGUCCUGCGUGUUAUGAUUACCACUUAA